AUGAAGGUGACGCUGAGCUUCGGCCUCGUCCUCACCAUCGCCGUGACCUCCUGCCUGUGCCGGCCCGCGGCCGAGGCACCGGGCGCCAUGGGGGACCCCCACCAGCAGCCCCCAAGCCUGGUGCGGCGAGGCUGGCCCGAGCACCUGUCCCAGGAGCAGCAGCACCUCCUGUCCCAGUUCCUGCCCCACGUCCUCACAGAGCUGAACAACCACAAGGGCUUCGUGCACGAGGACAUGGAGGCCCUGCACGAGCACUACUACCCCGACUGGAUGGACUUCGGGCGCCGCAGCGCCGAGGACGCGGCCGAUGCCGUGUAA